GUUGGGUUUGGGCUUUUUUUUUUUCCCUUAAAUUGAUUUCACAGAUAUGGGUGCAAUAUCUCUUCCCAUCUACUAUUUCUUUUAUUUUUUUUGGUCAUGCAUUUUUUUUUUCCGAGUGAUAUCUAAGUAUGCUGAUGUGUAUGUGUGCACACCUAGAAAUAUGUGGUAUGUAAGUAUGAAUGAAUGUACUCUAUGUUAUGAAAUUGUAUUGUAUUUUAGGUUGGGAAUGUACAGUACGAAAAAAUACUUUAUACGAAGGGGUCCAACUGAAAAGGGAUUAUUAUUGAUAACAGAUAUCACCGUCCAAGGAAAUGGAUUGCAAAUAUAAUUAAAUUUGAACCGUUCGCUUACCCCGCAUUUCCUUCCCCCAUUUCUCGACUUUUCCGUGGAUUCUUUCCAGUAUUUGAUUUUGUAUUCCCCAAGUAUCGACAACUUUCUGGUGGUUGGAAACGACAAACAAGUAUUCCCCUUUCGUUGGAGAAACAAGAGAACACGAAAAAGAAAAACAACGAUCAAUGGGAAAAACCAAGGAAACCCAGAAGGAAUCCCGAUAUAUUUAUUUAUAUACACCUGCCCAACCCCACCGCUUUCGGCUCGCUUUGCAUCGGCUUUCUCCAACAAAACAGCCCAUAAUCCACUCUGAACGCCGGCAAAGAGCGGCACUGCUGGAGGUUUGGAGAACAUGAUGGCAGCAAGCAAUGCACAACCUGACAACGGUCUCUAUACCCAAAACAGCCAGUCUCAGAAGUCCCCCUCCCCCCAACCCUCGCAUCGUCGCGGUUAUCAGGCAUGCGACCCUUGUCGGAAACGCAAGGUGAAGUGUGAUCUUGGCAGUGUCGACAAUCCCCGUCCUCCGCCCUGUGUACGAUGUCGUCGCGAAAGCAAGCGCUGCGAGUUCUCUGCUACCCGGCGCAAGCGCAAACCUUCCGAGGUAGAGGAGACCGUAGAUGGCGUGCUCAGACGCGAUAAGAGAAUGAUGAUCGGGGAAGGUGCACCCAAUGAUUCUCCUAGUGAUGGAUCAUCGUCCUACGCGCAGCCUGAACCGGCCUCAUUCGAGAACAAUGACCCUCUUCCGCCCCCGAAGUGGUCGUCCGAGCGAUCACCCACAGCCGCCGCCGCUCCUGUACCCCAGCCGACGGCCAAUCAUCGGUACACGCCGAAUACUCCUUCAUCUACGACAAAUUAUCCCGAUGCGCGGAAUACCCGACUCCCCUUGUUCCCCUUGGGAGACCGAGCAACGAGCUUUGGUCUGGAGGGCGGCCAACCCAUGAUGAAUCGUACCGCGGUCGAGCUGCUGUCGCCUGCCAUCAGUAAUAGCCAUGAUGCAUUACACCUAUUGUCUGAAGCCGCCGGACGCACGGAGGAUCUCAAUCGCCAAAGCCUCGAGAAUCGCUAUGCAGCCCGGCAGUCAGUCUCCUCGUUCAAUUCGCCGAUGUCGCCUAUGACCCAAGCCGGCACACCUCGAAGCGCAGGAGGUUCUUUCUCGAGACCAAAUCGGCCUGGCAUGCCGAUGAGUAACUAUUUCCCAACAACCGGGUCGGGCGCGGUAGAUCAGCAAACCUCCGAUGACCGCGGCCAGCCAGGUCCCACGGAAGGCCUUCAGGAUCCAGGCAUUGCGGAUGCCGUUAAAGCAUGGUCACGGUUGCGCUUCGUUCGUGCGGGCUGGCUUUCCGUUGAGGAGUCCAUGGCUUAUGUUGCAUAUUUUUACGAACACCUGGCUCCCCUGAGCCCUAUCGUCAUCCCUGAUUUCUCUCACCCUUCUACGCAUCGUACUUUGCUCACCGAUGAGCCUGUACUGGCCGUUACCCUGCUGACAACAGCAUCACGGCAUAUGAAGCCCAAAGGGGAUGGAGCAUAUACUCGUUCAUUCUACAUCCAUGAUCGGCUCUGGUCGUAUUUACGUGGCAUGAUUGAGCGCCUCUUCUGGGGUCAAGAGAAAUUCGGUGGUAAUAGUAUGGGGAUCAGCAAACCACGCUCGUUUGACUUGGCUCCCACCUCCGCUAAGGUGAACCUCAAGGGCAAUCUGAGAUCGCUGGGGACCAUCGAAGCACUAUUAGUCCUAACAGAUUGGCACCCACGGAAUCUACAUUUCCCUCCAGGUGAUGACGAGAAUGCACUACUGGACUUGGAUGCUCAAGUUCAUCGUCCGGAAAAAGACUCAGAAUUUGACGGCGAUAACAUUCUAAAUCGAACUUCGAAUGCUACGGCAGAAGGCCGACUUGCCUUCCAAAAGUGGCUGGAGCCCGCUUGGCGGUCUGAUCGCAUGUCAUGGAUGAUACUUAGCACGGCGCAGGCUUUAGCAUUCGAGCUGGGGGUAUUUGAUCAGAAGAACGACUCAAAAACUUCUGGCGAAAACCCCACCGAGCAGACGCGGAAACGGCGGCUUCGUCGACUCAUUCUUGUGUACAACACGCAGAGUAGUGGCCGCAUUGGUAUCCCGUCAAUGCUUCCUCUUCCCCAAUGGGCUAACGACAUCCAGCCGACGAACGUAACGGGCAUUAAAGGCGCCGAUGCAACCGUUGACAAGAUGCACGAUUGCUGGAUCGGCAUAUCAAAGAUCAUGUACCAGAGCAAUCAACUGCUGUUUGCGUCGAACGACCAAACGUCAGAGUUGAUCCGCAGUGGUCGAUAUCGAGAUCAAAUUGACAGAUUCCAGCCGUUUUUGCGGGAAUGGCGACAGAACAUUGACACGCUUGACCUUGCACCCCCAAUGAGGAUGAUAUUGAUGAUCGAGUAUGAAUAUACUCGGUUGUAUGUCAACUCUUUAGCUCUACAAGCAGUGGUUGACCGCUGGACGACAAUGUCGAAUGAAGCCGCUCAAAACGCGCGGCCAGGGUCUGGGGCAAAUUCGGGCAGUGGCUGGUUCAAUGCGCUCAUGGAGUUGUACCGUGUCAACGAACAGUAUAUCCAGGAGGUGGUCGACGCAUCGCGCAAGAUUUUGCAGACCGUUCUGGAGGGGCUUGUUCCUGGAGAUCACCUAAAACACGCACCUGUCCGGACCUACUUCCGGAUCCUGUCCGGAAUGAUCUUCAUUCUCAAGACAUUCACUCUCGGUGCGAAAGAGGAUGAUGUGCGCGUGUCUCUGGACCUCCAGGACCGAACCGUGGAAGCAUUACGGAACCAUGUGGUAGACGACGUUCACCUGAGCCACGCCAUAGCCCGACUACUAGAAUUGCUCACCACUAGCAUCCGCACGCGAUUCUUGCGGUUCGCACCAAUGGAUCGUAGCGGCGACGGUGAGCAUGACCGCCCAUCUGCGCCAGCGUCCCGGCCGCAGUCACCCCGUCUACGCGAGAACCGUCAAAAUGGCACAAGCACUACAUGGACACCAGGACAAGGCGCGACACAGAAUCUGGGCUACGUCGACAGUAACGGCCAGCAGGCCGGCACUCCCAUGACCUCCGUCCACGACCCACUGGCGGGAAUCCCAGCUCAGCCGAUCAACUCGUCCAAUAUUAAUGUUUCAUUCAUGCCCCCACCGCCAUCCGUGUACCACAAUUACUAUGACCCGAAUGCAACGCCCCCCGCAGGCGAUCUGGACGGCUCAAACGUUCCAUCGCAGUCCAUUCAGGACAAUACGGGAGCCUCUAGCGGUCUACCGGACUGGUUUGCCCUGCCCCUAGACCAAUUCUUCAACAGCUCCACCCUGGUGGACCAGGGUCUGGGAGGUACGGGUCCGAUGGUGGGCGAGUUCGACAUGCUCGAAGUCCUCCUUAACGAACAGUACGAUGGCCACGGCGACAAUCUCGAGCCCACACCCGGCACCAACCUCCCGUCCCAGUUCCUGCAUUCAUCUUCUUAAGUAUCCCCUUCCGAUGAAGUUUGAAACCCCCCGCCGCCGCACCAUAGUAGGAUAAAAUAAGAUUAAAAAAAAAGAUACGAUAGGAUGGGAUAUGCAUAUAUAUGCCACCGGAGUAAAGCAGGAACUAAAUACCCUAAUGUAUGUACAAAUGAACGUUAUGAUUCUCAUGCAUCGCAUCCUGACCUUUGAC